AUGGUUGAGCCGAUAUGGGUUGGCAUGCGGCUUCGGCCACUCGUCAACCACGAAAUCGGCCAGGAGAAAUGCCUGAGGAUCGAGGGAAACCAGGUCUCCAUCGUGGAGGAAGCCAUCGACACCGACCGAAAGGUCGCAGUCACAUCAGACUUUGACCGGAAGUCGACCUUCGCCUUUGAUGUGGCCAUGGACAGCACGGACGAGAGCAGUCCCUCCUUCGUUUCACAGGAGAAGUGCUAUGAGAUCAUGGGCCGUCGCAUGGUGGACCACAUGCUGCAGGGCUUCAACUCCUGCCUCUUCUGCUAUGGCCAGACGGGGACGGGAAAGACCACAACCAUUAUGGGCAAGGCCCAGCCAAAAUCGGAGCGCGGUCUUCUCAUGAGGCUUGUGGACGAUGUCUUCGACGAGGUGGACAAGGAGCAGUCGACCUCAGGGUCCCAGGUGCACGUGGUCAUGCAGAUGUUGGAAGUCUACAAUGAGAAGCUGAAAGACUUGCUGGCCACUUCGGACUUCGGACCUGGCGAAAAGAAGAGCGCCCCGAAGAAGAUCAACAUCCACGUGCAUCCGGACUGA